GCCGCGGCUUGUUCUUGGAAACGUCGAAAUGAGAUAAACUUCUCUUUACGAAGUCUCCGUUGACCGGUCGUCUCCUCUUCUCUCCUCUCUCAUUCGCGAGUCCCCACCAUCGCCCGUAUCUGAACCUCCCCCCCCUUUUUUUAUUUUUAUUUUUUAAUUGCCAAGAGAUCGAUCGAUCGCCCUCUUCGUCUCCAACCCCCCUCCUCAUCUUCGAUCGAUCGCCUCGUCUCGUGCGGAUCGAGGGAUCCAUCCUCACCCAUGGCGUUGCAGGAGAGCUUGGACAAGAUGCAGCUGCGGCAGAGCUACAGGAAUCUGUGGCACACGGAUCUCAUGAGCACGAUCCAGGCCGAUUUCCCCUUUUGCUGUUUGGCGCUCUGGUGUGGUCCAUGUGUAUCCUACAUGCUUCGCAAGCGAGCCCUCUACAAUGACAUGUCAAGGUAUGUAUGCUGUGCUGGCUAUCUCCCAUGUAGUGGAAGGUGUGGAGAAAGCAAAUGCCCAGAGUUUUGCCUUGCCACUGAGGUUAUUUGCUGCUUUGGUAAUUCGGUUGCCUCAACCCGCUUCUUGCUGCAAGACGAGUUCAAUAUCCAGACAACUCAAUGUGACAACUGCAUCAUUGGAUUCAUGUUCUGCCUCCAACAAGUUGCUUGCAUUUUCUCCCUAGUCGCAGCAAUUGUUGGAAGCCAGGAGCUUUCCGAAGCCUCCCAGAUUCUUUCUUGCAUGUCCGACUUCGUCUACUGGACGGUCUGUGCAUGUAUGCAAACACAACAUAAGGUCGAAAUGGAUAAGAGAGAUGGAAAAUUCGGGCCGCAGCCUAUGGCAGUCCCUCCAGUACAGCAGAUGUCACGUAUCGACCAGCCCAUCCCGCCGCCAGUUGGUUAUCCGCCUCAGCCGGCGUACGGACAACCCUACGGAUAUCCACCCCCGCCGCAGGCCCAGGUUCAAGGCUAUCCUCCGCCCGGAUAUCCCCAGCCUGGUGCCUAUCCGCCUCCUGGUUCCUAUCCCCCUCCUGGUUACUAUCCCAAGUAGGGGAUGUCUGUCUAUUAAAAGUUUGAGAUGCGGCUUCGCUGGAAACUGCAAAAUUCUUGUGAACAUAUAUGCCUUGUAGAAAUGAACUCUGUUUUCUUUCCCAUUAAAUUACUCUUAUGAGUGAAGUCUACUUUCUAGAUUAUUGCGGAUUGCGAUGGUUGGCUAGUAGUUCAUGAUCUUACGUUUACAUACAUAAACUUGGUGAAUUUUGAGUCUCAGGCACCUUUUUUGUACUCGAAAGUUUGUUGUCGUCUUUUUGUAUUUCUCAUUUUUGUUUCAUUGAAA